GGCAGCCAAUUUUCUGCUUUUCUUCACCACACAGACCUUGGUAGCUUCAAUAAAAUAAGUCCUAUCUUAUCCAGAAAAUAAAUGGACUGGAAAGCAAUUCUCAGAGAAGCUAGCAAACAAAGAGCUCAUUGAGUUUGAUUGCUAUUACCGAAUGCAAUAGUGGCAUUGGAUUUAGCAAUGGCAGCAUCUUCCUCUUACAUGGCUUGUGCAAAGUUCUCCAUGCUGGGUUGGCUUGGAGGCAGAAGAGAACUGAAAAUGAGACGCGUAAUCUCCGUUUCACCUCAGGAGCAAGCUGAAGUCCAAGAAUCACAAGAAGUGAAUGCGCAAGAAGAAGAGAAAGUGAAGCAACCAGUACAACCAAGACCAGUGGAACCACAAGUGAACGUAAAGAGCAAGAACAUGGGCAGGGAAUAUGGAGGGCAGUGGCUCAGUAGCGUCACACGGCACGUGAGGAUCUAUGCUGCUUACAUUGACCCAGAAACCUGUGAGUUCGAUCAAACUCAGACGGAUAAGCUCACCCUUAUCCUCGAUCCUACAGAUGAGUUCGUUUGGACAGAUGAGACUUGCUACAAGGUUUACUCCUACUUCCAAGAGCUUGUGGAUCACUACGAGGGUGCCCCAUUGACAGAAUACACACUGCGGCUGAUUGGUUCAGAUAUAGAACACUACAUAAGGAAGCUGCUAUAUGAUGGAGAAAUCAAAUACAACAUGAAUGCAAGGGUGCUGAAUUUCAGCAUGGGGAAACCACGCAUUCUAUUUAACAACGAUGGUCAGCUGCAGGAUGUAUAAUCACAAGAUACAGAUAGGGUGGCCAGACAAAUGUAUGAAGUUGUGACUUGGUGAUGGAUACAUGGCUUGCUUAUGCACCAGUGAAGAACAACCCUGAGGAUGCUGCCAAGGUAAAACAAAAAAAAAAAGAUUGUUGGUCAUCAUAAAUUGUUCCUGUUCUCAAUUUUGUGCUACUUAAAAUAGGCUACUGAAGUUCCAAAUGUGCUUAAAAGAGGUUAUUGCCGGCCUUCCGACUUCAGAGUCCAUUCUGGGGAUUGCAUACAUCAUUUGCCUACUUUAUUUUUCUGGAGACAACUUUUAGCUGCCCAGUUUGGUGGUGGCAAUUAGUUUUUUUCAUUUGUGGCCUUCGUCCCUGAUACCUAAUUCUACUCAGUCUCACACCACCUAUUCCAACUUGACUUCAAGCCAGAAGGUAAAAUCUUGAGUGGUUCUGUACUGUACUUAAUUUGCUGGACGUUGCAUUGGUUGAUAUAGCUGACAUAUAUACA